CAAACACAUAUCGGACUUCAGACUGAUUUGAGAACUGAAACUUUCCCGGACAACACGCCUCUAACCGUGACAUCGAGUGAACCAAGUGAAGGUAGUGACAUUCUGACAAACACACCGAAUAGUAUUGCAGAAUUUCUCACAGAAGAAGGUCGGAUUUUAGCUCGGCACAGUCAGUGCAUUGUCAGAGCGCAGCGAGACAAGCCGUGCCGAUAGACCAAACAACACACACUCCUGGGUUGGUGGCCAGAGAACUACAGUAUGCGCCCUGAAAAGAGAGAAGCUAACGCUUGAGCACCUACAGCCGGUGAGACGGAGCGCGAACACAAUCCAGCACAGUCACCGCAAUUCUCCAGCUCUAGGCUACUGGAGCAUCAUCCUGUGGGCCUCCUUUUCGUUUCUACCUUUUCGUUUUUACGCGCGUCCUGCAGGGGUUGUCGAGGGUUGGGUAGAUCUACAUCCGACAUGUCAACGGUUACAGCUUCGGUGGUUGAUGUUUCCAGAAAUAUUUAUUCAACCGAAAACGGAAACCGUGGCGGCCGUAAUUAUACAGGCCAGUGUACCCCAAUGCCCCUGCCUGCGCUGGGGACCCAGAGGAUUAUCCAGGGGAAUGGCACCAACGUGGGAACGGUGAUCACCUUGCAGUGCCCGUCCAGACACCAUCUGGUUGGAGGCAGUGAGGUGUCCUGCGUCUGGGGCAGCAACAGCACCCAGUGGUCAGGAGGUUCUCCCUGGUGUAAACCGUUGUCCAUGUCGGAUGACUUUGGGUUCAGUGUGGCAGUGGUGUCCUCUGUCAUUAGCUGUGCCAUCAUCCUGCUCAUGUCCAUGGCCUUCAUCACCUGCUGUCUGCUCGACUGUGUCAAGGAGGAGGAAAGGAAAAAGGAGGAGAGGGAGACGGAUCUGUGGCACCAGCCAGAGCGAGCGGAGCAGGAGGAGAACAGGGCCUCUCACUAUGACCACAAGGGCAGAAACAACAAUAACAACACCCAGGAGAAGACACUGCGACAAUGGGACCACCAGGACCCUUCAAUGUGUGACCCAAGGAGACCCAGCUGGUGCCAUCAGUACCCCUAUGCUCUGACUGGUCCAGGCCCAGCCUCCACCUUCGGCCCAGCUCUCAACUCAGCUCCUCUCCCCUGCAGAGGCUACGACCAGCCCAUUCUUCUGCACAACUCAGACCUGUACCGCAACCCAGGUCAACCAAACAAUCCAGGCCUACUUCAAAACCCCAUCCCACCCCAGUAUCCAGGUUCAACUCGGACCGUGGGGUACCGGAACCCAGAGGUACCCCCUGGCUCAGGCUUGGCCAGACUGUAUGUAGGACAGGAGGGCAGUGUGUCCGUCGUGAACACUCCACUUCUGGAGGAGUGGAGUGCCCAGGAGCGCCCCAUACGGGUCAUAUCCGUGUGAGGUCACAACCAGGAAGUGACUGGACAUAGAUCACAUGGGCAUGGAUAAACUGAACAUCAAUCAAGAAACUGGAUCCAAAAGGGAGAGGACCACCUCAAUGGGGACCACGCCUAUGUCAUUAUCAACCAGGCACCAAUGACUGAAUAAUUAGGGGGCGCUCAUAUAGUCCUGUUUUACUGUAUGUACAAGUGGGUAACCUGUACAAGUGUGAGGUGUGAAAUGGAAAUGUAUUUUUUGCAUAUCCCACUCCCCCUGAGACACCCUCGGAGAGUGGGGUCACAGCCAGGGUCACCAUAUCCCACUCCCCCUGAGACACCCUCGGAGAGUGGGGUCACAGCCAGGCGAUCGGCCAUUAUUGACAGCAACCCUGGAGCAAUUAGGACGAAUUGCCUUGCUCAAGGGCAGAAUGACAUAUUUUUACCUUGUCGGCUCGGGGAUUCAAACCAGCACGCCAGUAGCGGUAGACCAUUAAGUGACAAAGCAGCAUUUUUAGGUUGCAUCAGACAUGUGCCUUAAACGCAGACCCUAUCCCUCUGGACACUGCCAGAAGCCGAGAGUUGGUGAGGACAUUCAUUAUUCCAUAGGAAUCACUUAUUGUGUUACUGAUUGAUUUCACUAGUAAACAUGUUCAGUUCGGAAAUAUCCUGUAUCUCUGAGUUAUGAAAUCUAGUAAUGCUGCUUCUGGAAAGAAUCCUUAAAACGUUGUACAGUAUUCUGCAUUUUUAGGUUUGAUGCUACUGCUUUGUUGGAUCCAGGGAUAGCAUGUGUAGGGCUACAAUUCCCAAUCCUGUUGUGUAUAGUAUGUGAUGGUACAAAUAACUGUUAAAUGUUAUUCUGUACUAUUGGAAUGAAAAGGGAAUUUUCUGAAGCUUUUUUAUAUUCCUAUACCCAACUGAUACUGACAUUGAUGGUACAUUAUGCAAGUCCCACUGCAGAUGGAUUGAAAAUGAAUCAUUUAAUAAAUUCUACAUUCUUGAA